AUGGCGAUUAUCUCAGAUUCCGUGUCCUUCCUAGUCGAACACUCGGCAAGCAUUGCUAUUUUUCUUGCCAUAGUUCAUUUCAUGCGCAACUAUCUCAAGUCGGGUGUCUCAUCAGUGCCUGGACCAUUCCUCGCGGGUCUUUCCAACAUCUGGAGAUUCAUUGACGUGGCCAAUGGGCAUGCAGAGGCAAGUCUUUACAAAUUGCACAAAAGGUAUGGAGACUAUGUCCGAUUAGGUCCAAACGUGGUCAGUGUGUGGGAUCUGGAUUCAUUGAAAGUCAUUUAUGGAAUCAACAAAGGCUAUCAGAAAACUAAAUUCUAUCAUGUGCAACAACAAUUAGCCAAGGGCAAGCCAACACCCACCCUGUUCACCACCACAGACGAGGAAUUCCAUGCUUCAAUCAAGCGGCCUAUCUCGGCCGCCUACUCCAUGAGCACUUUGACUGAAUUUGAACCGUUUGUGGACAAGACUAUCCAAACUUUCUUUGCAAAGCUGGACGGAUUUGUCGCUCAGAACAAUAUUUGCGAUAUCGCUUCAUGGUUGCAAUUCUAUGCAUUCGAUGUCAUUGGUGAGUUGACAUUCAGCAAGCCACUCGGGUUCCUGGAAACCGGAGGCGAUGUAGACGGAAUCAUUGCUGCGCUUGAACGCAUGCUUGACUAUUCUGGCAAGAUUGGCCAAAUGCCUUGGUUGGACUAUUUGUUCAUAAAGAAUCCCCUGCGACAACUCAUUCAGGGAGGUUCAACUGGUGCUGUAGCUCGCUUUGCGCGUGCUCGAUUGGAUGAAAGACUUCGAGAGACGUCCAGCAGUAAGAAUGCUAGUGAUUUAUCACAGCCUCCACACAGGGAUUUUCUGGGUCGCUUCCUAGAAGCCAAAAAGGAGCACCCUUCAAUCGUGACAGACAAUCAAAUCUUCUCGUACACGAUCAGCAACAUGAAUGCCGGCUCCGAUACCACAGCUAUUUCUCUCCGAGCAAUCCUUUAUUACACACUGAAGUCUCCCAGAGUUUCGAAGAAGCUGAGUAAUGAGCUAGAAGCCGCUUACCAAGAGGGACGGAUCUCCUGCCCUGUCUCUUGGAAGCAGAGUCAAGAGGAGUUGCCGUAUCUUGACGCCGUGAUUAAAGAAGCGCUCCGCCUGCAUCCGGCUGUGGGUCUGCUGCUGGAGCGCGUGGUUCCCGUGGGAGGACUUCAGCUUCCGAAUGGUGGACCAUUCUUACCUGCAGGAACAAUUGUCGGCGCCAACCCAUGGGUCAUUCACCGGCAUUCUUGUUUCGGUGAGAAAGUCGACUCGUUCAUUCCUGAGCGAUGGCUGCAGAUGAAUGAGGAAUCAGAACGCGAGUACCAAGACCGGAAGCAGCAAAUGUUGCGAGCAACCUUUACGUUUGGAGCGGGGCCUCGGACGUGUAUAGGCAAGAAUAUUAGUCUGCUGGAGAUCUACAAGCUUAUGCCGUCCCUGUUCUUGACCUACAAGAUCACUUUGGAGAAUCCGGAGAAGGAAUGGACGACGGUUAAUGCUUGGUUUGUGCGGCAGAAACACAUGGAUGUGCGGUUGACCCAUCACAAUUAA